AUGGCACUGAAAAACUACAUAGCUCUAGUGCUGUACUCCGAAGAUACCGCGGUUAACUUUUCGUUUACAUGGCUUAUUUCCACUCUCGCUGUCGCCUACUUAAUUUACCAGGCCCUUAAUGCAGCAUGGAAUAUUUCACCUUUCCACUCCUUGAGUCAUAUACCCGGACCAAGGCUGGCAGCUGCAACAUACCUCCCUGAGUUCUACUACGACGUCAUAAAAUUCGGCCAAUACACGAAGAAGAUCCAGCAAUUUCAUGAGAUUUACGGUCCGGUUGUUCGCAUUAGUCCCAAUGAGGUCCAUUGCAACGAUGUUCGUUUUGCGGAGGAGAUAUACCCUCUAGGCGGCAGAAAGCGCAACAAGCCUCUCCACCAAGUUAGGGGCAGUGGAGCAAUGGCCCAUGCUAUCUUUUCAACCGUUGAUCACGACAUUCACCGGGUUCGACGCACUGCCAUAGCCAAGUUCUUCUCGCGUGGACAGGUCUCACGGCUUGAACCGAAGAUCCACAGGCUCGCCCAACGUCUCUGUGACAAGAUCCUAGCCCAAGGGAAAGAUCCACUAGAUAUCCCGUCCGCUUACAGCUGCUUUAGCACGGAUGUUAUUUCUGACUACUGCUUCGGUGAAAGCUAUGGUUUCCUGGAUCAGGCUUCCUGGGAACCGAAUUUCCGGAAACCUAUCUUCUCGCUCUUCACUCCUGUUUUCGCCUUCCGCUUCUUUCCGUUUCUGGAGCCUUUGGCUAUUGCUGCUUCUAGUAUCUCUAAGCAUCUGUCCGAGGACAUGGGGCUGUUAAUUAAAACACUCACGGUCGACAUGCCAGAAAGCAUCCAGAAAACAAAAGCAGACCUCGAUGCAGGAAUCACAAGCAAGGAGCAGACUGUGUUUGGUUCACUACUUGAGUCAGACUUACCCGCCGAGGAGAAGUCAGUACGCCGCUUGACAGACGAAGCUGCAUCUCUGAUUGCUGCCGGCACAGAGACCGUCGGCUGGGCCUUGGCAGUCACGACAUACUAUCUUCUUGCAAAUCCCGAAAAGCUCGAACGGCUGAGGAAGGAAAUCGAUGAAGUGGUUGAUGUUUCGGGACAACUUCCCCCUUGGACGACUCUGGAGAAGCUCCCAUACCUGGGCGCAAUUAUCUAUGAGGGCCUACGAUUAUCCUACGGCGUUUCCGCACGCACUGCACGCGUUGCAACCGAAGAGGAUUUGGUAUAUCGAGGCGAAUGGGUCGCUACAGGUAGCAAAGCACCGACCACGGUCACCUACAAGAUCCCACGGGGUUACGCUAUCGGCAUGUCUUCGAUGAUCAUGCAUCAUAAUGAGAGUGUUUUUCCCGAGUCGCACUCUUUCAUCCCUGAACGAUGGCUGGAUGAUAGAAUGCAGCGGAAUAAGGAGCUCGAACGCUCUAUAUUCAACUUCUCCAAAGGUACUCGGGCUUGCGUUGGUAUAAACCUCGCCUUUUGCGAGUUGCAUGUUGUCCUUGCAGCUUUAGCAAUGCGAGUGUUUUCGCAUAUGCGGCUAUACGAAACUACGGAAGAUGAUGUUAGAUAUGAUCAUGAUUUAUUUAACCCGCUUCCUAAAGCAAGCAGUAAGGGUAUAAGAGCUGUGAUCGUGUCACCAGACACAAUCUAA